GAAGCGAAGGGCGGGCCGCCCAGUUCCCCCGCCGGAGCGGAGGGCGCGGCCGGCUGCCUUGCUUUCCACGUCGAGGGGGUGUGUGUGUGUGUGUCUUCGGAGGGAUUUCCCACCAAGGGGUCGCUGGUCGCUUCGGUUCGCCUUUGACCCGGGCUUCUAUUUCCGGUGUAUCAUGGAUGCUGGACAGAUCUCUGCCAAGGUCCGGAAGAAGAUUACCCGGGCUCCAAAAUGGAAGUGUCCCCAGGUUUCCUCCAGGGACCCGGAUGUGCACCACUGCAACGUAUGCGGGAAGGACAUUAAGUACCUGGCAAGCUUCCGGGAGCACCAGCGCAUCCAUACGGGGGAGCGGCCGUACCAGUGCAAGCGAUGCUGCAAGACGUUCACCCGCUGUGCUGACCUCAUCAAGCACCGCCUGGUGCACUCAGCCACCAGACCAUACCGCUGCAAAGUCUGCGGGAAGCGCUUCAAGCUGCAAGCCGACCUGGACAAGCAUGGCAAGGUGCAUUCAGACGAUGCACCCUUCCCCUGCCACCUGUGCCCCAAGCGCUUUAAGCGGACUUCUUGCCUCGUGAAGCACCUGCGCAUCCACACACAUCCACACACAGGAGAAACCCUUUGCAUGCGCGCACUGCAACCGGCGCUUCAAGUGGGAGGCCUCGGUCAAGGAGCACGAGCGGGUCCACACGGGGGAGCGGCCCCACCAGUGCAGCCAGUGCUCCAAAACGUUCACUCAUCGCUCCACCUUCCUGCAGCACCAGCGCACCCAUCAGAAGUACCCAGCCUUCAGCUGCAAGCAUUGCUCCAAGGCCUUCAACCAUAAGUCGAACCUGCUGAAGCACGUGAGGGCCCUGCAUGGCUAGAAGAGGAGAGGCAGACCAAGCGGCUUGGCUCCGGGGGAGAGAAAAGGCCAUGGGGAGGGGAAGGGCUGGCUGCAGCUGCGCCACUGGCUGAAGCGCUGUGGAGAAACAGACGUGGUGGGAUAAAAAAACA